AUGCCUAAAUCUGCGUUUGCUAUUGCGAUGAUCCGCUCUGAGUUGUCGAAUGCGACUAUCGCUUUCUUGAUCCUUUGCAUUGUAUACAAAACUAUCACCGUCUUUUACAGUGCCUUUUUCGGCCCCUUGAGCAAAUUUCCUGGACCGAAGUAUCGUGCCGUUUCCAACAUAUUCGAAAUCUGGUCAAUUGUCAAUGGCACAGAUAACAUCGACCGGCCAGCGCUCCAUAGGAAGUAUGGACCAAUCGUCAGAGUAGCACCAAGCGUACUUUCCUUUGCGGGCGGGGAUGGAGUAUGGAAGGACAUUCAUGGGUUCAACGUCGCAAGAGAAGGCGGCAUCAUCAAGGAGCCAGUGUUCUACUCAAAAAUCUUCGCCUUCACGGAUGUGAGCAAUCUCAUCACAGCCAGAGACCAUUCGAUACAUGCCCGGCAACGAAAGGUUCUUGCCCGAUCAUUCAGUAACACAGCUCUCAUAGACCAGCAACCUAUCUUCCAUCGAUGGGCUGAGAAGUUUGUUGACAAGUUGGCGGGAAAGGCUGGCGCCGGCAAUACAAUCGACAUGGUAAAGUACUUCAACUGCACGACAUUUGACAUCAUGGGCGACUUGACGUUUAACGAAGACCUCAAUAUGCUUGAAGAAGGGGAGUGUUCUCCAUGGGUCGAGUCUAUCUUUGGCUCUGUGAAGGCUGCGACUUUCCUCUUGGGGGUCAAGACCCACAGUCGAGCUGCGAGGCUGCUGGCAGACGCUUUCCUCAAGUACAACCCGGCUGUCCAGAGGAAGCAGAUCGAGAACUGGAUGUAUUGCGCUGAGCGCGUCGAAAGACGACUAAAGCGAGAGCCUAAACAUCCGGACCUAUGGUCUAGAAUCCUCGGAAUGGAGAAGGAAUCAGAAAGCUUAACAAUGGAAGAACAGUACGCCAAUGGGUUCCUUUUCAUGACGGCGGGAACAGAAACCAUUGCUUCAGCACUUUCCGCAAUCACCUUUUAUCUUCUUCAGAAUCCACAACAUCUGGAGAAGGUUACAAAGGAGGUUCGUCUGAGAUUUUCAACAUCCGAAGACAUGUCACUUGAGGCAUUGGCAAAUCUGCCGUACUUGCAAGCAGUGAUCCAAGAAGGAGUAGGUUUGCGUUAA